AUGGAAUUUAGCAUCGACGAAACUUCUGAUAUUGAUAAUAUUACACAAGUAUACUAUGUCAAUAAUUUGAUCCCACCAUUAAGUCCUACAUUAAAUCCUUUAAAUUCCAAUAUUAUUUCAAUGUCACAAAUACCUGGUCGUGUUUCAAUUCAUAAAAAUAUGAAUUAUGAAUCUAAUGUAAUUGUCAUGAAUGAAUACAAAGAGGAUCAUAGUGAUUAUUGUUACGAUAAUAUUUUAAAAAAGGAAUGUGAACAAUUAUCUCCCAAACAAUCAAUUAAACCUGAAGAUAAGUGUGACACUUCAGAGUUAUCACCAAUGUUCUCUAAUACCCUUUCCAAAUCUUCAUCAUAUAUGACUAAUAUUCAUUCUAAUCCAUUACUAUCAAUGAUUGGGAAUAAUUUAUGCUCAGAUUUAUGUUUAAUAUUGGAUGAAGGUGAUAUAAUUCCAGCGCAUAAAUUUAUAUUUGCAGCUUGGAAUUUAACUAUUGAUUAUUCACAGUGUGAUAUCAUUGAAAUUCAUAAUGUAUCCAAAGGUGAACUUAUUAAUCUUUUACAAAUAUUAUACAGUGGAGAUCGAUCAAGACUUACGAUUGAAUAUAUUAAUCAUGCAUCAGAAGCAUUACAAAACGUUAUCAGAAAAAUUCUAGAAUUAUUCACUGAUACAUCAAUAGAUCUCAAGCUUGGUAAUGAAAUAAAUCUUCCAAACUUUUCAACAUUUAAGGAAUGGCUGGGUCUGAAUAGUGUAAAAUCUGAACUCAACAUUGUUAAAACGGAAGAUUGUUGCCUCAUACAUUCAACUGAUUUAUCAACAGAUUACAAAACGGUUAAUGAUUAUUCUCAUCCUACUCCUUCUGUUAUUUCAAUACAAACAUCAUCAACAUCAAAUGAAACAGCACAAAUUGAUAACUCUUCAUUACAAAUAAAUCAUAAUCUUAAUCCUAUUACAACUACUGAUUACAACUAUACAAAUUCUACAUCUAGCUUUGUUGAUUCUACUAUUCUCCCAAUUACAACUCAAUCAUCGUUAUCAUCAUUAAUAUCAGUUAAUACUCCUAUGAUUCCAUCAAAGUUAUACACCUCUAAUCCAGCUCAAUUUAGUCGUGAUUUAUUUUUAUUCUCUGAUAAUGAUGAUGACAGUAUCAAUGAGAAUAUCGAUAAUAUUGAUAUAGAAACCUAUCAUCAUUCUAAUCAAGUAGAAUCUUUACAAUCUGUUGAUGAUCGUAACCUUCAUGGUACAUUUAAAACAAUUAGUAAGCUUACAACAGAACCAGAAACAACGGAUAAUAAUUCAUCAUUCCUCCUCUUAAACAACUCUCCAACUCCUACAAAAUUAUCUCCCGUCUUAAAUAGUGGUAUACAAGUUACUACUCCAAAACAUUUUUAUAAUUCUUGGUUAGAAGAUGAAACAACUCCAUCACCUUUAAUGAAACGUAUACGCUUAUCAAAUAAUGAUGAAAUAGUUUCAAAUUCAUUAUUGAAUGUAACUACUAUUACUACUGAUGUUAAAAAUAGUAGUAUAAUUAAUAGUAUUCCUUCUAAUUCUGUUUGUCAUACAGUAAAAUCUAUUCUAACUGAUUCAGUAGUUGAUUUUUUCACUACAAAUUCAUUCCAUAAUCACAAUACUAAUGAUGAUGAUGAUGAUGAUGAUGAUGAUGAUGAUGAUGAUGAUGAUGAUGAUUGUAAUCAUAAGAUACAGGAAAUCAAUGAGAGUUUGUUUAUUAAACCUACUAAUAGAGAGAAUUGUCAAGAAACAUUUGUUUCGAAUCAAUUAUUGACACCAGAUAAAAAUUUACCAAAUUCUAUGAUGGAAUCAGUCAACAUUACACCGAUUCCUUUUACUCCAUUACCUAAAUAUGAAGAAAUGAUGACUCCAGAAUUGAAACGUGCUUUAUCUAAAUAUGGUGUGAAACCUCUUCCACGUAAACGUGCUAUACUACUCUUAAAAGAAAUCUAUAAUCAACUUCAUCAAUAUGAAGAAGAUGAACAGAAUCAUUUAAUGUCUAACAAACGAAUUGAAUCAGUGAAGUACAAUAAUGCUAGACAAUUACAAGAAAACUGUAUAGAUAAAGAAAAGAAAUGUAAUAAUAGAUUAGAUAGAUCUAAAAAGAUGAUAUUAAAUGUUUCAAAUAAUGUAAAUAAUGUCUCAUUACUGCCCAUACGUUAUAAAGAUGAUACUGAUAAUAGUAAUAAUAAUAAUAAUAAUAAUGGUGAUAGUGAUAGUAUUGUUCAACAAGAAUUAUUAUUAUCCACUUCAACUCAUUCAAAUGAAUUACAAAACUUAUUGAAUUCUGAAAUGAUUUCAUCGGAUGAACUCUUUCAUUCAAAGAAUCAAGAUUUGAAAAAACUAAGUCAAAAACAAGUCAAUAAAAUCAAGGGUAAUAUAAAUCAAAUUGUAUUACAUUAUUUAAAGAAUAAUCCCAAUCUAUACAUGAAUAUUUUAACUUAUACGCCAUUAGAAUUCGAUGUUGUACAUAAUAUGCUUAAAUCUGAUGGUAUCAUAAUUGGACAACAAAAACUGAUGGAUCUUUUCGAUGAUCAGUGUAUUACAUUCACAUUACGUAAUCGUAUCAAAAACCACAAUAAAUACAAUGGUUCAGUGUCUAAGAAAUGA